AUGACAAAGUUACAAGUUAAACCCACUUUGGCCGAGGAGAUUAAAGCCAAACAGCUCCUUGAUAGCUCUAUGCUUCCCAUUAUUGAACAAGUUGAGCAGGUAUCGAGUUUAGAGUAUACUUUGGAUCUCGAUGGUAUUUUGUGCUUUCACGGUCGUUACUGUGUCCCUAAAGAUGAUGAGGUUAGACAAGAUAUUCUUCAGGAGGCUUAUACUAGUCCUUAUUCUAUGCAUCUUGGCGGUGACAAAAUGUACAAGAAUCUCAAGGAGCGCUACUUUUGGACUGCCGAGUUUGCUUACAAUAACAGUUACAAGGCAAGUAUUCACACGGCAACGUACGAGGCUCUAUAUGGACGUAGAUGUCGUACUCCUAUCUGUUGGAGAGAGUUGCAUGAUAGAAAAACUUUGGGCCCAGAGUUAGUUCAAGAGACUGAGGAUAAUGUCCGAUUGAUCUGUGAUAUCUUAAGAGAAUCAUUUGAUAGGCAUAAAUCAUACACAGAUCAAUGA